UCUCACUCAGUGGGUCUAGCGCUAACGUAUUCAAUGUGUCUCCACAAACUCGACUCAAACCUUCGCCCCAGAACAAAAUAUCGUGGUUUACACUGAUAGAAAGUCUGUUUUCUUCGUCCGAAAGGAGGAAGAAACAACUAAACAGCAAGAAUGAUCAACACAAUGGAGUGUGGAGUAGAUGCGCAAAGUCUAAUUUCGAUUUCUUUACGAAAGAUCCACAACUCCAGGACGCAGAGAGGAGGCAUCAAGCUGCACAAAAACCUCCUGGUCUCGUUUGUACUGAGGAACGCAAGGCAAGUCUACAUGAACGAGAAGUACGCAGAGAUCUACAGAAUGCAGCAGUACGAAGAAGUGAUGACCGUCUGCAACGAGAUCCAGGAGCUGAACCCUCUCGAAUUAGCCGAGGACUGCGAGGAACAGACCGGUGAGUGCUGCGGCAGCGGGGCUGGGACCGAGUCGGCGAGCCUCUGCGGCGCGCUACUGCCAAGCAGUAACCAAGCAGCUCAGCCCGCUCUCCUACAGACUAGUGCUUGCGCUUCAGCCCUGUCGCUCCGAGCCGAUGAGGGUUGUAAGGAGACGGAUUCAUCGUUCUAUCGCAGCUGCUGUGCGGAAGCAUACCCAGUCUCGAACUGUGAGUUUUCUCCAGUGAACAGCAUGCACUGCAACAAGACCACAGUGUUAGAUCUGGACACGCACGUAGUUACAACAGUUGAGAAUGGAUACUUGCACCAGGACUGCUGCGCCUCGCUCCAGCACUGCUGCCAGGGCGCACAAACCCCGGCCAAAAAGCGCAAGGUUGACUUUGGCUACUACGUGUCCGAAAUCGAGGAGGUACCGGAUUUUACGCCAUGUAAAAGAACUAAGUAUGAGGACUGCUCAUACGCAAAUUCAGACCAUUUGGACACGUCGAACAUUUCCAAUUUGAUCUCGAUUUUCGGCUCGGGGUUUUCGGGGCUGGUGAGCAGACAGACGGACUUUGAGCAAGCAUUCAACGGACAGUUCUGUAGCAAACAAGCCCUAGCAAGCCUCGGAGCAUGGACAAGAGCUAUAGUAGCUUUUUGACUGUGGUAAAUUAGAAUCAACUUUAUGAAAUUGUACAAAUUAUAAAAGAUUGACUUUAUUUUUGCAAAUGGUUAUUUAAGCAUUGACAUUUCUGUUUGUUUUGGUUUAAUGGGGAUGCGGAGAACUAGUACCACAUGUGAUGUAUUCUUUAAACAGAAAAUGUGUACAUUACACGAGCAUUUGAAGUGGUUGUGAAAUUAUUCUAACGAAGUGAAAUUUCGUUGCCUUAAGCCCAACGCAAACUGCUAGCUAUCGCCACACAUGGAAAGUAGUUGAAUGUCUCGCUCGCGGAUUGCUGUUUAUCUCCCAUAAGCAAUUCUAACAGACCUCAUUUGUAAUGGCACUACAUAUAUUAGAUGAAUCGUUACCUGAGAAGAACUGUCAAAAUUGGGAAGAGAGUCUUGAACUGUGGGUUUACAGAACAUUGUCAUUGUGACCUGUUUGAUACAGUAAACAGCGCAUGUUGUGCACAUGCAUAAAGGAGUGCUGUACUACUUUGUUAUGUGUUUUCUCAAACCAGUGUAUAACAGCUUCCAUGUACUGUUCAACCAUCUGAACUUAACUUAACCUGUAAGGUAUACAUUGUGACAUGUAACCUACUUUAAGAAUUUCUAUACAGUGUAAGACCAUACACCGGUUUAGUCCAACACUAUUGAAGAUCUCUGGUUCAUCUGAUAUGUAUUCGUAGCCCUAGAACAUGCAAUGAAGGUAAACAAGGUUGGAAGUCAGUGAAGUAUCUCACACUGUCUUGCAGCAUCAGUUCCUUUGAGUAUGUUUGUAGUCCCUUUGUGCCAGUCAUCUCAUCACACUCUACACUGGUGCCAUUAAUUAACACUACAACUCCCACAAUGCACACCUUAACUUAAUCAAGCCAAGUAUUUUGGUGACAAUUUGGACUGAUGAGCGUUCCUCACUGCCCUCCCCUUUAAUCUUGGAGUUAUUGAUUAAGCCUUCACAGUAAUUCAUGAUUCCAACGUUGUUUGGUUUUGUGAGUUUUAUUUUAUUUUCUAAAACUUAAGACCUUUUGUUCUAAAAAGGCAAGCUCGUGAUUUAGCCAUACAUCCUCACAUUAUAUAAGCACUAUGUGUACUGAAAGACGUUUUCAGACGUUUUCUCUCCAUAUUUUGUUGGUAUUCUUGUAUUUUUUGUGUACAUUAAAAUUGUAUAUCACCGGGUAAAACUGUUUUAGAAAGUAUUUGUUUAAAAUUUAUAACCUUAAUAAAAAAUGAAAAUCA